GCUGGAUGGGGUGGCGGUGAUGCCGGUCACCGCCGCAGCCCCGAGCCGCCGGUCCUGCGGGGCGCUCGGAGCGCGGGCCGGGGGGACAGGCCGAGUGCCUGGGGAGAGGCUGCGGGGCUGACGGAGCGAGCGAGGAGCCCUCGCUCUUUUGGUUCCUUUCCAACCAUUUUUAGCAGAGGAAGGAUGUAAUAACAUGCCACGGGCAAUAAAUCACAGUCUAGCUACUCCCCCUGGCUCUCCUCCCCCCGCCCCCGGCCCCUGUAUAGCGGGAGGGGCGGAGGGGCCGCCAGCAGAGCGCCGCGGCCGCCGGGACGAGCAGAGCAGAGCAGCUCCUGCCCGCCUCCUCCACCCGCCCCAGCAUGGACCUCCGCGCCCUGGCGCUGCUCGCCUUCGCCCUGGCCGUUAUCUCCCUCUCGGAGGAGAAACCCGUCAGCCUGACUUACCGAUGUCCCUGUCGAUUCUACGAGAGCAACGUGGCAAGAGCCAAUAUUAAGCACCUCAAAAUCCUCUCCACACCCAACUGCUCACUUCAGAUUGUUGCAAGGCUCAAGAGCAACAGCAAGCAAGUGUGCAUUGAUCCCAAGUUAAAGUGGAUCCAGGAAUAUCUGGAGAAAGCUUUAAACAAACCACGUCAUCGCACUCAUAAAAAAAAGCAACAGAAGAAACGGGGCCCACUCUGCCCUUCCCGUGCAACACCACUAAAGUCUCCAGGGAGAAAGAAUGGAGGUUCAAGAUGUAAGAGGCAAGCAUUGUAAGCCGUCUACAGGAUUUCUUACUGUAGGACCCAGAGAGCAGAUAACCAGUAUUAGGGAAUGAAUACAUUUCACUGCUAACAUGCAGCACAAAAGCAACGCUUCACGCAUUUCCAAAGGUUUUUUCUUGGUUAUUUUUGGUGGGGUUUUUUUUGGUUGUUUUUUUCCCCCUUGCACAAAUUGGCUUGCUUUCACAGUGCUAUUUUUAUAUAGUAAGAUGUAACUAUUUGAGAAAAAUAUAAAUUUAUACAGGUUGGUUUAUAACCUAGCACUGGGGGCAGAUAUCAAUUUAAACUAACCCUGUUAUUAUAUAAUAUUUUAUUUCCUUUGUUGUGUAGAGGUCCUGUUUUAUUUAACUUUCUUUUGGUUAAUGCAAGUCUCCUGGAGAUUUAAACCUAGAAGGACAUGAACUGUACAGUGCAAUGAUGUUGUGUGAGUAGAGGUGGAACUCCUUGCCUCCAGAAGUCAUAGAGGCCAAGAACAUAGGAAGGCUCAAAAGCAUCAGACUGAUGACCAUGGACAAAUUUACCCUGAGUGGCAUUUACAGAUAUUUUGGGUGAGUGAUUAAACUCAGGGCUUCAGGGCUAAACUCAGGGCUAAAGCCCUUCUGAAGAUCACAAACCUUGCUGACAGCUGUGAGCAGCUGGAUCAAUGCACAUCUGGUAUUGCAAGGUGCUAAUACUUGGUUUGUAGUAGUUGUGUGUGUUAGGAGCCACAACACAGUUCUGAUGUCAUCUGGCAUUUCCUAUGUUCCUGUGUUUCUGAUGAUAAAUUUAACAAAAAAAGGGAAUGUGUUAUCAAAGCUCUAACCACUGAUCACAUUGCAAGUUGCUGGAGGAGUCAGAUGCGCUGCCAUGCACCAGGGAUCUCCUCCCAGCCAUCCACAGGAGGUGACUUCAGCUUGCCUGUCUGGCUGAGAUUCAUUCUGAACAGUCAUACCUGACUGAGGGCAGUCACAUCCCUGAUUGCUCUGGAGGUACCCAGAAGAAGAUAUCUGGCCACGUCUUGGAGAAAAGAGAUGCCUGGAGCAAGAGAGAUUCUGUGCAGUUUGUGGAAGGAGAGGUGUGGAAAUGAAGGCCAACACUCACCAGCCAUCAGGGGUUUGCUGGUGAACAGGACAGCCUCUGGAAUUCCCUUUGCAAAGCACAGCCUGGGACAGGCACCACUCCCUGCACCAAUCCCCUCUCUAAGCCAGAAGUUUCUUUCUCCUUAUUCCUGCCUGUAUACACAAUAUCUGCUAUAUGUUACAGAAAGACAUCUGCAGCACUGCAAUAAUCAUGUCAUGCUGUGCACUGAGAUCUGGGGGAAGCACAUUUGUGCAGCACAAUGCCUGUGUUUGUAUGUAUCUGUGUUUGUAUUGUAAACAAAAAAAUGUUGUAAGAUUGUCUUUUUUGAGCUGGUUGAUUCAAAAGAAAUCUUCCCUCUUCCCUGCAGCCUGUGUCUGGAACACUGAGAGGGGUGUUUCACACUCCUUUUUGUGGUAGGCAUCUUUAGUGCCAAAGAGGCAUUUUGGCUAUCCAGGGACUACAUUAUUUCCAUGUGGAUUCAGGUAAAAAUCUUGUCUUUUCCUUUCUGCAAAACAGGGCAAUUGCAGAGAGGCCUUCAGCUGGGAACACCUCACCUCAUUUGCUUUAAAGCAGAAAAAAACUGCUGUGCCUAAAAUAUUUGUGUUUGUGAUUUUGACAUUCCUUGUCUUGUUAUCAUUACCAGCCUGGUGCUUUAAGUAUAUUGUGUUUCUGUUUUGAAAGGUCUGGUACCACUGUACUUGAUAGGAGUUGGAGUUUGAUUUAAUAUUAGUAGGAUCAGAUCCUCUCCUGGAAGGGGAAAGAAAGAAAGAAAGAAAUUUUAUGAGAAAACCAGAGUUUCUUGUAAGCUCCCUGGACUAUAUUUGAUAGCAUAAGUUCCAUUCCCUGUCCCACACUUGCACCUGCAUUUGCCCAUGGCUUGCCAGAGGUGGACAUGUGAGUGUCCAAACCAAGAAUGACUGCAGAAAAAGUCACCCAGGGAAGUGCAUUCUUUGUACAUUAUUGUCUAAGGUCAGCCUGAGGUCUGCUUGAUUCCCACUGAAGUAAAUGGAGAAUUAAAUAAUCCUCUGGUUUUGAUUCAGCAGCAUGCCUUGCUCAUGAUGAUAGGGGUCGUGGCCCUUUUGUUUCCAGGGGAAACAUCGGUAUUCUGGUGAGAAGGUGGGGUGGGCAGGUGUGACUGCAGAGCCUUGCCAGUGCUCUGCUGCAGUCCUCAUUAACAGGGAGUGACCUGGGCCAGGUCAGCACCAGCAGGGACAGGUCCCUGGGAAGGUGCCAAGCCCACGUUCCAGCCAGGGCAAACCCUGCUCGGGCAGGAGCACUGAGAUGGGCAGUGCUGGAGCCCCCAGAUAAGCCCAGGGACCCUGGGUGGCACAGCCAGGGAGUGGAGCUGCUGCAGGGAAGGGUCUCCUGUCAGCCCUCCCCUCUAGGGGCUCAGGGGUACCCUGUGCUAAAGCAAGGGCAUCUGCUCCUGGGAGAAAUGCUUGAGGAGCAGCAGGAGGAAAGGGCACUCCAUCCAAGAAGGGGACCAUUUACACCAGGUUUGUCUGGGUGCUUUGGGGGCUGUCUGACACAACCCACCAAGAGACUGGGCCCUGACACCUCUGUGCUGCUGAUGCUUCCCUUCCCAUUUAUCUGAGACCUCUCAGGGCAUAGGGCUGCUCUCAGGUGCUCUCAGCACCAUGACCCUCCCUCACCUCGGUGAGGUUGAGCACAGCGUGAAUGCAAAGCUGACACAGACCUGGCCAGACACUUAAGUUAGAACCUUUUAAAAGCUUUCUCUUGCCUAGGACCAAAAUUCAACCUUGAGUGGGAAGCUUUGCUGUUAGCCUGACAUUAUUUGCAUGGUGCCCUUUGCACCAGGGGGAUCAACCACUGGGCUGCCCCAGUGCACCUCGUGUUUGUCCCAUUCAUGCCACGACCAGAGCAGGCUGAGAGGCAGCACUGGCAGCAUCUCACCUGGGGAGAGCACCUGGUUUUCCCUUCUGCCUUUAACUGCUGGCCAGAGACAGAGUCAGGGAAAGCAAGUGUGAGGAGAUGGGAGUGAGGAAGGGACCACAUGUGAAGAGGAGGGAAAAGAGUAACACUGAACCGUGCUGAAAAAGCAGCUUCCGCGAAUGAAAUCAUCAUGUGGGUAUUUUCAAUGUGCAGCUGUCAAAUCUCAGUUUCAAGAGUAAGAUGGUAUUUAUUGCUGUGUCAAUUUUUUAUUUAUACUGGCUUUAUACUUUUGUGUAUGAAUAUCUUAUCUGAAUUCUGCCUGAGGAAGAAUGAAGUGAAGGGUGACUUAGAUGUGUUUUUUAUGAAGGUGUUUGAGCAAAGGUGACUAUUUUGCAAUGAAAGAUUUUUUCAAAGUUAAAUAUACAUACACAUGUUGUUGAAAAUGCAGUUCCUAUAGAAGAUUUUGUUGCCAUUUUUCCUUUAUUAACCUCUUUUUGUCUGGCAACUUAUUUUGAGUGAUGUGAUUUAUAGCAGUCAAGGUUUGUUGUGAACUUGUCACCUAAAAUUUGAUUACUUUUUCUUUGUCAACAUCCCACUAAGAUAAUCUUUGUUUGAAAAAGUGAAACUUUGGUUGCCACAGAGAAGAAAACAUGUAUCAUGAUAAAAGGGCUGCAUGGACCUCCCAUCUUCCAUUCCUUAAGAACUCUGUGUUGUCAGAAUGUGGUAAAUACUGUACUUUAUAUUUUUAUUGAGUAAAAAGAAGUAUCUUCCCAAAUAAUGUGAAAAGGGUUUUGUAUUUGUGUUCCUGUAAGGCAGCUUUUAUGGAGGAGUUAUAUUAUGCUUUUGAAAUUACUCCUUUCAUAGAAAAUUUUGAAAAUAAACACUUUUAUAUUGUUGUAAUUUCUCACAUAAAUGUGUAUGCACUUAAAAUUUUCUUAAUAAAAAUGUAUGUCUGAAUAAA